AUGCGACUCUUCACCACCCUCAUCGCCAUCUGCGCGCCUGCCCUAGCCGCAGCAGCAGCAUCCUCCUCCAGUCUGAUAGACAGCACGACAAUCUACAUCCAACCCCUCGCCCCAACCUCCAGCUCUCCCGAGCCCGUCCCCCUCGCCGAAAUCAAAUACAGCCUGUCCACCCUCUCCUCCGAGAUCGUCUCCUACAUCCCGCCGGACCUCGACCUCCUCUCUGCUACCAAGCUCCUCCGCGUCGGCAUCUUCGACCCCUCGACCUCGACCUGGAAAUCCUCCGUCUCGUCCACCUCGGCCGAGACGUUCGCGAAGGGCUACUCCCCAACCAUCGUCGUGAAUCUCGAUCGCCAGGGGGGUGUCGUGGGCGUCAGUAUCAAGAGCGGGAGGAUCGAUGCCGGGGCCACGAGGGACUUUGGACCUAGGGUUCGGGUGGUGGGGAUGAGGGAGGGCAAGGUGCCCGACUUGAAUCGCCCCGUGGUGUUGAGUCCCGAAGGGAAGCUGGCGGAGCCCGUCGUGGAGAAGACGCUGCUGCAGAAGUAUUGGUGGGGUGAGUUUGUUCCUGUCUCUCUUGUUUUUUGGGGGGUGGUGAAGGGAGGUGGUGGUGCUAGUGAGAGUUGUGCUGAUGGGAGAGGUAGUUGGGUUGGGGGUGCUGAUGUUACUUUUGACAUCUGGGGGGCCUGCGGAAUAGGGGAGAGAAAUGAUUGUAGGAAAUUUGGAGGUCAUGAACAGAAUAUCUGGACCCAAUUUGCAAGCAUGAGUAGGAGACGGAUGGAUCUUCUUUUUGAAGUCAUUGACGCGCCUGUUUCGAUCCUCUUCAACUUCAAGUCAUGGCCAGCAUAA